AUGGGACCGCGAUCUUGGGCCUCCUCGACCUUGCCUCUAGCUCCGCCCCAGACGCUGCCCGACCAUCUUCAGGAUCCACAAAAGUUCUCGCCUCGCUCUGUGACGACCCUCGACGAGGAAGACGAGGAGCGCGGAGACUCUGUCGUUGACUGGGAGCGCACCGUGAGACCUGCCGCCUUUCCGCUCGAUCUGCCCGCCAGUGUUGCUCGUUCCGUUGCCCAUUCGCGGGAAUCGUCACUCGAGAAGCUCGCUGGCCCUCUGCCUUCCUUGUCGUCGCCACGACUACCGCACUCGCACACCGCACACCGCGCCGGCGACCCCAAGGGUGGCACGUAUGGCCACCACCGCCAGACCUCCAUCGUACACGGCAUACAACACUCUCGAAAUGGAAGCCUCGCCAGCUCGUCUUCCAGUCCCCUCAGUCCGCAGAUAAUCGCUGCAGCUGGUGCUAGCCUCUCCGCCACCGACCGGCCAGACAUGUAUGCAGUGGCACGACAAGAGCCAGACGGUCCUGCGUCCGCCAUAGGACCGGGACCUGCGUCUGCUUCUUCUCGUCCACCCACAGCCCCGUCUGGCACUACGCAAGGCUCCGGCAGGGCAUCCCCUGCCGCCGCCAACACCACCGAAACCUCCACUCAGAGGAAGCUUGAACGCAUGCACAGCAAGACCAGACGCGAUGGCGCUCACCACCAUACCCACUCAUCGAGGCACAACAAGGAGGAUCAGCAAAAGACUGUGGGCGAGUAUGCAUUGCACGUGCUCUUCACGCAGUUCAUUGCGCAAGCCGAGGAGAAGCUCAACGAUUGCAUAACGGUGCCGUUCGACCCCGAGCCACAGGUCGAACUCGUAUGUGGGCCUGGGGUCGACACGACGUUCGACCAGAUCAUCGCCGCCCUCGGACACAUCGCGCGGCCUCGACCCAAGCCCCUCAUCGACUCGAUCAUGCUGUGGAGGAAAAGCAAGAGCGACGCCGCCAAUGAUGCCCGAGGCCAGUUGCAGCAAUCCAAGACGCCAACGUCCCUACAGCGCCGGAAUACGGAGCCGCUGCAGCCACUGUCUGCCGGGACCGGACCGUCCACAGAGAAUCCGUUGACAAGUCCAGGGGCUUCCAUGGCUGCCAAACAAGAAUUCGUAGCACACGCCGAACGUCGCUCGACAGUGUCCAUAUAUAUCCUUUGCCGAGUGCUGCUGCAAGUCAUCAGCCAGACGAGCCUGCCAUUGUUGACUCUCGAAAUGGAAGAAAAGCUCGAAGGCAUCAUUUUUGGCCAAUUGAAGAUUGCCGACACGGAUCAACUCGUCAUGAGCCCGCUGAAACUGGCCAACUGGAAUCUCUUUUCUCAGCUGCUUGGCGGCAUGAGCGAUAUCAACUUUAAGGGUGUCACGGAGCGGUUCCUUGGCGAUAUAGAUCGCUCUUUGCAGGAUCUCGCUGCCAAGAGUGCCAUGACGCAGGCUGGUCGCGAUGCCGAGGGCAAGAUCGAAUUGGUCCUGGGUGGCAUGAAGCAUCUCAAGAUUAAGAUCGCUCCAACCGAGGCGUGGGAAAACUCAUGCGACUUUCUGAUCAAGCUCGGAAGGCUUUUCAACCGGUCUCACGGACAGAAGGUCAAGACUGCUUUCUGUCAGGUUCUCGAGGUCCUCUUGCUACCCAUCGCAGCCAAGGCCACCUCUAAUGAGCUCUCCCAUCCGAAGUGGGCAGAAGUCUUAGCAGCUAUCGGCCCACGCCCGGCUCAGAUGUCCUUGAAGCCCCGGCACUGGAAUUUCGCCUUCCCCCUCACGGCAACCAUGCUUUGCACUAAAAUCAAAGACCGACUCGCUCGACCUUUGUGUUUGCAAGUCGUCUCAAGGCUGGCAUGGGCUUACUUGUAUCGAACCAACGACACACCGGCCAACGCCUCUCGCAAACUUGAUGAGUUGAUGAGGCUCGUUCUCCCAGCCGCCAGGCGCAGUCUCGUCGCGUCUGACGCCUCGGUCAUCGACCCGUUACUACAAAUUAUCCGCAUCAUCGGUUUCAGAUAUCCUGAAUACUGCUUCAAAAACAUAAUUUUCCCGCUCGUCAAUGCCGAUCUAUUCCUGUCGGGCCGGGAGGCCAAGGUGGAGCAACUGGACCCUGAUCGCAUAGUCAUAGGCAUCCGGGCUUUCAUGGUCAUCAUGUCAGACCUCGAAAAGGGGUCGCAGGGCCGUCCGCCCUUUCCAGUGUCAUAUGUGCCGACACCAACACCCGAGCGAAUGCCUCUUUCGCCCUCGACUCCGUCACCGCAACAAGGGCCCUCAGCUACAGCUACAGUCCCCCCAAUCGAAAGCGAGGAGCUCCUGCGGCCCGUGGAUGCCAGCGUGCUAAGCGAUCCAGCUCGGGAGUAUUAUUAUAGGUUCUCUGAGGUGCUGGGCAAGAUAACGAUACACUGCGAUAACACUUUCGGCGGACAAGCGACCUUGGAUGAGAAAUUUAGCAGCCCGGGCCCCAAAACCCCUAUAGCCGACACCUUUACAUUCUCGAGACGGGAUGAUCACCAAACAGUGUCCGACUCGAAGCAACCCUUCUACGAGCUCUUACACGUUGCCGUUCAAGCACUCCCGCGUUGUCUUUCCACCGACAUACCCUUCAACUCACUGAUCAACCUCCUCUGCACUGGCACUGCCCAUGUUCAGUACAAUAUUGCCCAGUCCUCAGCACGGUCGCUCAAGGCCAUUGCUCGACAGUUGCACGCGCAGCAAGUCAUCAUGGGGUUUGCACGUUUUAUCUUCAACUUCGACGACCGGUACUCCACAAUGUCUGAUGGCGGCAUGCUCGGCCCUGGCCACAUUGAGAGUACCCUCCGCCUGUACAUCGAACUGCUGCAAAUCUGGAUCGAGGAGAUCAGGCAAAAGGCGCGGGACGCAUCCGUCGAACAGCCUGACGCGACUGACACGCGUGGUGCCAAACUUGACAUAUCCAGCACCUGGGCCGAAGUCGAUCAGGCCGAGGCCCACGGGCUCUUCUUCCUCUGCUCCCAAUCUCGCAGGGUACGGUAUUUUGCGAUCACAGUUCUGCGUUUGAUCAACGACUUUGAUGCAGCGCUUGGCAAGAGUAAAAGUGCAGAAGAUGGUGACUUGCGAGUGAUCGACAUUUUGGAGAACGACUCGAUGCAAGUAAUGAACUUCAAGGACGAACACCUUUCCGUCGCGGAACGGAGCAGGCUGCAGAGGGGAAUUCAGAACAGUAAUAGUCGGGGCGCCCUGGUCGAACUUUGCACAAGCGAUGUGUCGUACGACACGACCCUCUGGUUCAAACUCUUCCCCAACCUCAUCCGCAUCGCCUAUGAGAAGUGUCUUUUCACAGUCACCAUCGGCCGUGACCUAAUAUGCAACCGGAUACUGCAGAUGUACAAGGGUAUCACGGUGCUGUCCGAACCCUCCAGGGGUCUGUACUACGGAAAUGACACAGGAAGCGGCCGGCUCACGAGCCGGACGCCGACCACGCAGCCCGAAGUUAUGAUUGAACAGUGGAAGUUGUACCUCAUCUUCGCCUGUACCACGCUGGCCGACACGGGUAGCCAAAUGACAAGCCCUGCCCAGGCUACACAGCAUAAUCGGAAGACAUCCAAACCAAACGCGGCUGACAAGAUCGUUUCAGCCCGUCUGCUAUUCAAGUACCUCAUACCACUUCUCUCGGCGUCUUCCGCCUCUGUCCGCGAUGCUGUGGUUCUCGCCAUGGGUUCCAUCAACAAGCACAUUUACAGGCCACUUCUCGAAGAACUUGCUGGGCAGGCAUCUCGGUGCAACGACGAGGCACGCGCUCGGAUCCACCAGCGCACCAACAGCAGCCCUCGACGGAAUAGAAAGAUGGACCUCUUGCGGACCGAGAUCACGCAUAUUUACAAACUCACGUCGCACUUCCUGAAGGAGCCUGAUCUCUACCAAGACGAAUGGGUUUUGAACAAUCUGGUCAACUACACCAGAGACCUUAAGCUUUUUCUUAUGGACGGCGAAGUCCAGAUGGACUGGGAAUUUCAAAAGCUACGUCGCCAUUACUGUGGACUCAUGGAAGAGCUUUUUGAUGGUAUCAAUCGGACGUCAGACCCCUCCAGGUGGAUGACGUUUGAGUCUAGAAAAUCUGCGUUUUCUCUCAUGGAAGACUGGUGCGGCUUCUCACCAAAUCAAAACCAAAUCAGGGCCAGGGAAGACACUAUGAGACAGUCUCUGAUCGAUCAGCAAUCCCAUGGCGAGCGAGGGACCGUGACCGCGGCCAUGGAAAUCGAGAAGCGCAAUCUCCGCACGGCAGCACUCAGCGCCAUGGCCGCCCUGUGCGGCGGGCCUAUGAGUAUCACGACGGAGAGUGGUGCAACACUGCAAUUCGAUCUGCGUCGAAUGCUUGCUUGGAUCGAGGCCAUUUUCAACUCUGGCAGUGACCGUAUGAACGUCAUCGGCCGGCGGGCGCUGCAGAACCUGAUCACGCACAACCAGGAGUACCCUUACCUCCUCGAACAGGGCUGCAUUGCUCGGUGUUACUUGUCGGAUGUGCCGAAAGUUCUCGAGAGCUAUUUUGCUGUGGUCACGCAAGUACUCUUGGAGUACCCUGACUACCCUUCCCCCUUCUGGAAACUGCUCAGCCUCUGUCUCUUCACUCUUGGUAACGAUGAGAGCGAGAUCCGGUCCAAGUCUGCCCGUGUCCUCCGAGCCCUGGAGGAACGGCAGCAGCCCGCUCGAAGCUCCAAGAUACAGGAUUAUGACAUAAGUAUUUCGGACAAGACGAAGGCGGUGUACAAGAACGCCCAGUUCGAAAUAUCAAAGCGGCUGUCGAAGCAGCACACAGAACUGGCCUUCCACAUCUUCUCAGAAUUCACCCUCUACUUCAAGGACCUACAGCCUGCCUCACAGCGCAACGUCGUAGCAGUCCUUCUGCCCUGGAUUCAGUCGAUAGAGUUGAAGGUGGAUCCCAAUGGCGGUCCUAUCGCCGAAUCGUACGUUCUCUUGGCCAACUUACUCGAAAUCACGAUCAAAUCGAGCGGUGCCUUGCACAACGAGGUGCAGGCGCUUUGGCAGGCACUCGCCACGGGCCCAUACCCUGGCAACGUCAGAUUGAUCCUUGACUUCAUCAUUUCUUUAUGCCUCGAACGGCGGGAGCAGAACUUUGUCGAGUACGCCAAGCAAAUCGUUGUUUUCUUGGCAAGCACGACGAGUACUCCCGGCAUCAAGGUCGUUGAGUUCCUUCUCAUGCAGAUCACCCCCAAGGCCAUGGUGCCCAACGAGAAGAAGGAAAUUGCAUCGCCGCCACCGGAUAUUGUUCAGCUUCCAUACUGUGCCGACUUGAGCGAGGCCUUGCCGAUCGGUACAAAGCAGGCUGGAUUCUCUCUGGGCCAGCUGUCCAUGAUACUCUUGGUCGACCUCAUGGUCUCACCGAUACAACUGACGCCAGAGAACGUGCCGGUUCUCCUCCAAGUGGUCACCGUUCUCUGGGAUCAUUACACGCCACUAGUCCAGGAACAGGCUCGAGAGAUGCUUAUACAUUUGAUCCACGAACUAGUCAUCUCCCAACUAGACGAGCAAACGCCAGCCAGCGCCAGAGAGUCCAUUGAGAACAUGAUCGAUCUCAUCCGCCAGCACGAUCGCAGCGUCGUCUGGGGUUACGAGGACAGCAACGGAAAAGCCGAAACCCACGACAACAAGGUCCCGGCAAGCAUGGAGUACUUGACAACUGAAGUUGUCAAGACGUUUGAGAUGACAUACCCUGGCAUCAAGGAGCAAUGGGGUCGGCUGUCGCUGACCUGGGCUACCUCAUGCCCCGUGCGACAUCUCGCCUGCCGAUCCUUCCAAAUCUUCCGCUGCGUUCUUACGUCCUUGGACCAAUUCAUGCUGGGUGACAUGCUUGCUCGCUUGUCCAACACCAUCGCAGACGAAGAUUCCGAGAUCCAAACCUUUUCUAUGGAGAUUUUGACGACCCUCAAGACACUCAUCGUCAAGCUUGAUGCUGAAAAGCUUCUGACAUUCCCACAACUGUUUUGGACGACAUGCGCCUGUCUCGAAUCAAUCAAUGAGCGCGAAUUCCUGGAGGCAGUUGAAAUGUUGAACGAGUUCCUGGCCAAGAUUGACUUCCAGUCACCCAACGUACGGAGAAUGCUGUCCGACGGCCAGCCCUCGCGUUGGGAUGGCGCUUUUGAGGGCUUGCAGGCUCUUCUCUACAAGGGCCUCCGAUCCUCGGUUUGCAUGGACACGACCCUCACUAUCAUGACCAAGUUGGUCCAGCUGCCGAGCGACAACCUAGUCGGUGACGAUAGUCGGCUAUUCUACGUCAUCCUGGCCUACUUUCCGAUGCUGCUGCAUGAGAUGGAGCAGGAGACACCAAGCGAACAAUGUCUCCAAGCGGCCGAGGUUCUCUGCACCGUGGCGGAGGAUCAGGGGUACGGCAACAUCGCGGAGGUCCUCGAGGAGUACAUCGCCUUCAAGCACCAUAUUGACACGCGGGAAUUCCAGGUCCAGUUGUUCAGUGCGCUGAGGGAUCAUUUUCUGCCCAAGUUGGAGUUCAAUAUGGUUGUCUUCUUGAUGGGGCUGCUCACCAACUCCAUCUCGUGGGUCAAGAUCAAGACGAUGAGCAUUCUAAGCACUGUCAUCCCGGAGAUCGAUAUGAGGAGACCCGAGUUGGCCGGUCACGGUUCUGAUCUGAUCUCUCCACUGCUGCGCCUGCUUCAAACCGAGUACUGCAUGGAGGCGCUGGAGGUGUUGGACAAUAUCAUGACCAUGUCGGGCAGCGCGAUGGACAAUCAGCAUCUCCGGAUGAGCAUGACGCGGUCGACGUCCAAGACGGUUCGCAAAGAGUAUGGGCGGAUGCAGAGCUUAUUCGGCAUCCCCGAAGCAUCUGGCUGGGCGAUCCCCGUCCCGGCGAAAAAGACGGAUUCGACGCGGGCCAAUAUCCACGCUGCCUUUUACAUGUGUCAAAACGCCGAAGGCAUGCUGGCCGACGCGACGCCCACGCCCGACGUCGAGUUCCAUGCCGAGGAUUUCCCGUACGGCUACUUCCACCUGCCGGAUCGGACGGAGACGAUGAUGUCGGACGACGCCCAUGGACACGGUAACAUGGGUGACAUAGUGAACAAGCUCGACAGCCUAGACGACUUUUUCGAUGAUCUCGGAGCUAGCCCGCCCGCCCAGCGAGGCGAGUUCACGUCGGACGAUGAGUACACCGAGGAUGUCUUCUCUGACGCGGACGAUGAGCGGCCCAACACUGGGAAUGGCGAGAGUUCGUUCUCGCUGGAGAGCAUGAUCAGGCCCCUGGCGCAGAGCACGCGGACGGGUAUGCGGCGGCUGACGGGCGGUCGUUCGCGCGAGGGGGACCGCGCACGCGAGCUCUUCCGCGAGCGGACAGCACCCUCAGCGCCGAUGCCCAAGUUGCCGGCGGGGCUCUUCUCGCCGAAGUCGAUACAGCAGCCCGGCAGCGAUAAGAUCUAG